GUCACGUUAUCCUUCCACAAUUUCUUCAAGAAACACUUGGAACAUAAACAUGUCAUGUUCUAUAUCUAUAAUAUCUUGUCCAAUAUCAUUACAAAAUCGAAAAGUUAAAAAACUUGCUACUAAAUCAAUGAGCCCAAUUACAUCCAUGGCUAAAGAAAUCCACUUUAAUCAUGAUGGUUCUACCACAACCAAGCUCUUGGCAGGGGUGACCAAGGUGGCUGAGCUAAUUGGAGUUACUUUAGGCCCAAAGGGUAGAAAUGUGGUGUUGCAAAACAAGUAUGGUCCUCCCAAGAUUGUUAAUGAUGGUGAAACUGUUCUCAGAGAGAUUCAACUAGAAGAUCCUCUAGAGAAUGUUGGUGUGAAACUAGUGAGGCAAGCUGGUGCAAAGACAAAUGAUCUAGCUGGUGAUGGUUCCACCACAUCCAUUAUACUAGCCCAUGGCCUCAUUUCUGAAGGUGUGAAGGUUAUUGCUGCAGGCAUGAACCCGAUACAAAUAUCACGAGGAAUACAAAAAACUGCAGAUGCCUUAGUUUUAGAACUCAAGUUGAUGUCUAGAGAGGUUGAGGAUCAUGAGCUCGCAGACGUUGCCACCAUUAGUGCAGGUAAUGAUUUUGAAGUUGGAAAUAUGAUUUCUGAAGCUAUGCAACGAGUGGGAAGGGACGGUUUUAUCACUAUUGAGAAAGGAAAUUCUGCUGAGAACACUCUAGAGAUAGUAGAGGGGAUGCAAUAUGAUCGUGGUUAUCUGUCCAAAUAUUUCAGUGAUCGUAGAACUUUGAAAGUAGAAUUUCAAGAAUGCAAGUUGCUUUUGGUUGACAAAAUAAUUACAAAUCCGAAAGAGAUGUAUAGAAUUUUGGACAUUGCAGUUAAAGGCGCCUUUCCGAUUGUGAUAAUUGCAGAGGGCAUUGAGAAGGAAGCUCUGGCUCCAGUAAUUCGUAACAAACUAAAGGGCAUACUGAAGGCAGCAGCUGUUAAAGCUCCUGCCUUUGGUGAGCGCAAGAGCCACUACUUAGAUGACAUUGCUAUUUUGACUGGAGGAACUGUGAUUAGGGAUAAUGCAGGUUUGACACUUGAAAGGGUCCGAGAGGAUAUGCUUGGGACUGCAAGUAAAGUGGUCAUUACUAAAGACUCUACCCUAAUAGUUACUGAUGGGAGCACUCAAGCAGCUGUCAAGAAAAGGGUCACUCAAAUCCAAAGGCUGGUCGAGAACACAGAAGAAAAUUUUGAUAAAAAAAUUCUUAAUGAAAGGAUAGCAAGGUUGUCUGGAGGGAUUGCUAUUAUAAAGGUUGGAGCUCAAACACAAGUUGAAUUGAAGGACAAACAGUUAAGGAUGGAGGAUGCUGUAAAUGCAACAAAGGCUGCUAUUGAGGAAGGAGUUGUAGUUGGUGGUGGCUGUUGUCUUUUGAGGCUAUCUUUAACUAUAAGCAAAAUUAAAAAGCUUAUGGAUAAUGAAGAGCAGAAGAUAGGAGCAGAUAUAUUCAAAAGAGCUUUGGAAUAUCCAGCAAGACGAAUAGCCAAAAAUGCUGGCAUCAAUGGUAGCAUUGUAAUAGAGAAGGUAUUGUGUAACAAUGACAUGAAGUAUGGGUACAAUGCUGCAAGCAACCGGUAUGAAGAUCUUAUGGCUGCUGGUAUAAUAGACCCAACCAAAGUAGUGAGAUGUUGCAUAGAGCAUGCAGCAUCGGUUGCAAAAACAUUUUUGACCUCUGAUGCCGUUGUGAUUGACACUGAUGGACCAGUGCCGGAAGGAAUGAGGUUGCCAAAGCAUACACCAAAGCAAACACCAAUGCCAACACCAAUGUCAAUGCCAACACCAAUGCCAACACCAAUGUCAAUGCCAACGCCAAUGCCAACGCCAAUGUCAAAACCAAUGUCAAUGCCAAUGCAAAUGCCAACGUCUGGGAUUGGUCCAAUGGGUUUUUAAUAUUCAGUUAGAUGUACAUAGCCAGUUGUAGAAUUGUUUCCAACUGUGAGCCAUGAAUCUAGAAUUGAUCUAGCAGCCUUAGGUUGCUAAAGGGACUUGCAUAUGCAGCUUGAUUACUACAAAGUGUGAUGUGAUCACUAGCUCACAAGGGAAAUAAGAAAGCAAAUCCAUAAGGGGUUUCGAGAAAUGCACCAAAGAGGUGUGUUUUAACUUGUUUUCAAGACUCAGAUCCAGUUUGCCUGAGAAUUCAAGUAGAGAAACCAAGAAAAUGUAAGAACUGUUUCUUAAUGCUUAUCGACCUUUUGGUAUACAAUAAGGUAUUAUGUAAUUUUUUGGAUACGGAUAGUAUUUAAACUGAUUUAUAUAUUACAAACCCAACAUCGUUUUCCA